AUGCCACCGUUCUUGCCCAACGUCAGAAGUGUUUCGAGAAGCAGACACAGCGGCCCCCGAUCUAUUGUGUAUAGAACCACCGACAAGUCUUUCAUCUUGUCAAACGAGAGCCUCAAGAAGCGCACUUUCAAGCGCGGCUUCGGUUCUUCAACCACGAUUUUCGACCUUUCUGCUUCCACAGAUCUUACUCAGUUGCCGCUACAGACCCCAUCUGGUGAAAAAGGUUUCGACAAGUCCGACAUGAAUCGCCAGGGAGACCAACGAGAUAAUCUCAGGGAUGGGAGCAGCGGUCGUCCUCACAAAUCAGGACGCAAGAAAGAGCAACAAGAUCUUGAUGACUACGACCCUCUCGUUUCGGGUAUGAAUCCGCUACAAGAGAUUCCAAUCUUGCCUAUUUACGACCUGAUCAUGGUACUCCAGCAGCGAGGAAUCACCGUCAGGCUUACCUCUGCUGCUGUCCGUGAGGCAGCUGCACAGGGAUUCAUCAACAGGUCGAACGCCGUCAACGGGGACCGUAUCAGUCCAGAGAUAGAAAGGACAAGUCGUCAAGAUACCCACAACAUCAAUGUCGCUCUUACGGUCUUGCUGAACUGCGGCGCUGACAUCGACUUUGGCCCGCUAGUUCGUGAACAUCGACCAUCGUCCAUCAAGUGUACCACCUGCGGCGAGACCUUUGCCAACCAGCGAGAAAAAGAUGAGCAUCGGGUUCGCCGGACUUGCGAGUAUUGCGAUGAUGACGAUCCGUACACUCACAAUUGUCAAACCAAGUUUGAUGACCACAUACGCCGAACCCACAAUAUAAACCCACACAGACGUAUGCCAUCUCAUAGUGGAAGCGACGCAGGCUGGGGAGGCGGAGGCCAACGAAACUAG